AUGAUGCAGUUUUAUGAUCCUCUUCUUCACUGUUUUACUUAUAGAGAUUUUCAACUGGUACCUACAUUGGAAGAAUUUUCUCAUAUAAUGGACAUUGCUAUACCUGAUCAAAUUCCUUACACUGGUGAGGAAGGAGGUCCUAAGUUGGAAGACAUUGUUGCUGCCUUACACUUACCAAGGGCAGAAAUUAACAAGGUGUGGAUCAAUAGAAGAGAUUAUUCUGGAAUACCUGUGGAUUUCUUAUACGAGAAGGCUAAGAUCUUUGCUAAAGCUCUAAGCAUGGAUGCCUUGGAAAGUGUUCUAACUUUGUUGAUAUACGGACAAGUUUUAGUUCAUCGUUGCGACAAAUUUGUUGAUAGGAUUGCUAUUAAGAUCUUCCUUAGCAAGAAUCAUAGAAUUAUGAAGCUUUCUUAUGAUGACAUCAUCUGGAAUCAAAAAGAGUUCAAGGGUAUCCAGUUAUUUGAUCGUUGCGGAGAAUUCCCUAAUGUGCCUCUUCUUGGUACUCAAGGGGGAAUCACUUACAAUCCUAUCCUCGCUCGACAUCAGUUUGGUUUUGCUUUGAAAGAUAGGCCAUGUUCCAUAUAUCUUAGUACGGAAAACUUUGACUACAAUUCCGAUACAACUGGAAAAAAGGGCUGUUUCAUUAAAGCAUGGUACGAGGUUAAAAAGGUGGGUGUAAGAGAUUUGGGAUUAAGAAACUAUACUCCUUCAGACCUCUAUUUUAGAUGGAUUUACGAUCGAGUCGUUGAGUUUGGAAUACCAUAUCCAUAUGACACACCUGUAGUUCCAAGGAUUACUCCUCCAGUUGUUCACGUAGAGGUGGAACCUUAUGUACCCGCUCCGGACGAAGACCUUGCCGCCACAGUUGCUCAUCUAAGACAAGAAAAAGCUGAGCUUGAAAAGCGUUUACAAGAGGUUGAGGCUGAAAAAGCAGUGCUAGUGGCCAAUGCUAAAGAACGAGAUAGUAUGCUAGACUAUUUCUCCCGCAAGUGGAAGAUUGAAGAUUUUAUCUCGCCAGAUCAAAUACAAUCAUGGGAACGAGAGAUUGAUAGACUUGUUCAGGAAAAGAAUGAAAUGAUCAAAGCCCAUAAAGAAGAGAUCAGGGGGUUGAAGAGGAAGCGCCGACUUGAAGAUUGA